AGAUAACCAAGUCAAAUGCUCUUAAUAAAAUUAUGUUUGAAAAUGAAACUGAAGACGACAAAAAAUCAUCAAGUAAACCGGCAAUUGCUGGGGCAUUAUGUGGGGCCAUCACUCGAUUCCUUUGUCAACCAUUAGAUGUAAUAAAAAUAAGAUUCCAAUUACAAGUGGAACCCAUACAUACUGGGUCCCAAAUCUCCAAAUACACCUCAUUACCUCAAGCUGUUGGGAGUAUGCUAAGAGAAGAAGGCAUCAAAGUUUUAUGGCGAGGACAUGUACCUGGACAAGCUUUAUCUAUAAUAUAUGGUAGCGUACAGUUUUGGACUUACGAUCAACUCAAUCAUUUAUCUCAACCAUUACGAUCAUUUCUAUGGCCCAGUGUAAUAGAUUUUAGUUCUGGAACCUUAGCAGGUUCUGCUGCCAUUAUUUUAUCUAGUCCUUUAGAUGUAAUUAGAACAAGACUUGUCGCUCAGGAUUCAACAAGAGGUUACCGUAAUAUGGUGCAAGGCUUUAAAGAAAUUCUGACUUUAGAAGGGCCAAAAGGAUUAUUUAGAGGUUGCUGGACUUCAAUUAUUCAAAUAGGACCACAGACUGGCACGCAGUUUAUGUUUUAUAAAAUGUUUAAGCGGUUUUAUAGUCAAAUGACAGAAACUGAAGAAAGACAAUUUCCUGUUCUUGCUACUAUAUCAGCGGGUGCUCUAUCAGGUUUCACCAGUAAAAUUGCUGUAUAUCCAUUAGAUUUGGCGAAGAAAAGAUUGCAAAUACAAGAAUUUCAUAUGCACAGGAAAACUUUUGGAGAACACUUUGUUGCACCUACUUUAAUACAGUGUCUGAAAAAUAUAGUUCGCAUAGAAGGUAUGUCUGGAUUAUUUAAAGGACUCACCCCAAGUGUUAUAAAAUCAAUGACUACAACCGCAUUGCACUUUUGUCUGUAUGAUGAAAUUUAUAAAAUUUUAUGAUAGUUUAAUUAUUCG